GAGGCUUCCGCGGCGCACGAGGCGGGACGAGAGCUCCUCCGUCUUCUGAGUGGCUCUGGAAAUAACACAAAAUGAGCAGUGAGGAUCCAACCCUAGAGAGACAUUUCCGUGGCCACCGGGAUGUCGUCACGGCUCUCGACUUCAGCCCCAAUGGCAAGCAGCUGGUGUCCUCUUCCCUGGAUCACACAGUCAUGGUCUGGAACUUCAAGCAGCAAAUUCGAGCGUACAGAUUUGUUGGUCACUCUGACUCUGUCUACGAUGUCUGCUUUUCACCAAGUGGAAACUUAAUGGCCUCAGCCUCACGGGAUCGUACUGUGAGGCUUUGGGUCACAAACAUUAGAGGUGACUCGACGGAGUUCCGCGCGCACCAUGCAAGUGUAAGGUCUGUCAGUUUCUCCCCCGAUGGCCAGAGAUUGGUGACCGGCUCAGAUGACAAAACCAUCAAGAUUUGGAAAGUCCACAACCACAAGUUUGAGUGCUCAUUGCCAUCUCACACAAACUGGGUGCGCUGUGUGCGAUUCUCUCCUGAUGGUCGAAUGCUUGUGUCUUGCGCAGAUGAUAAGACAGUCAAGCUUCACGAUGUCCAGUCAGCAAGCACACUUCACACCUUCCCUGAGCUCAAAGGCUCAACGACACGUGUUGCUUUCCAUCCCUCGGGAACUUGCAUUGCAACUGCCGGUUCAGACAGCUCAGUGAGAAUCUAUGACAUCCGUACAAGAAAACUGUUGCAGCACUAUGUUGCCCACUCUGGUCCAGUCCAUGAUCUCUCAUUCCAUCCAUCUGGACACCUUCUCCUAACCAGCUCUGCAGAUGGUACUUUGAAGCUGCUUGACCUGCUUGAAGGACGGCCCAUCUAUACCCUCCACGGACACCAAGGCGCUGUCACCUGCUGCGGCUUUGCUAGCAAUGGAGAUUAUUUUGCUUCUGGUGGAAAUGACAAGCAGGUGAUGGUAUGGAAGACCAACUUUGAGCCUGUGGAUCAGUGUGAGAGCCUGGAUGUGACACAGGACGUGUCUCACAGGCAGCCCCUGGAUGUAACAGUCUCAGUACCUGAUGAUUCGUCAGAAGAGGAAGAGGAAGUUACCACUGUUGAGAGUCGUGCUGGAGCAAAAGGGAGAUCCCAUAGCAGCGAUGUUAAUGGGAACCAGAAAAGUGGAGGAGGCAGCCAGGAGGACAAUGCAGCCACCCUGCAGCAGAUGCAGAGCUCUCUCCAGCACAUCAUCACCCAGCUUGACACCUUAACCCAAACUGUCGUCAUCCUUGAGCAAAGGCUGUCGCUUGCCGAGAACAAGAUAUCUGAUCUUGCUAACAACCAGCGUGCAACUCGCUAAAGAACUCUUUCUAUACUUAUUUUGGUUGAAGAUUUUGCAAUACUGUGUUAGCUGACUGCAGUGUUAGAUAGUGUGCCCAUAUUUGGUGGUGGCAUUAUUGUCAUUAUUAUUAUUAUUAUUAUUAUCAUCAUUAGCAUCAUUAUCAUUAUUAAUGCUCUUUAUUAUUUUUUAUUAUUGUUAGUGUCAUGAUUAUUAUUUUAUUUUUGUUUUGAUUGUCAUCUUUAUUAUUACUAGUGUUAUAAUCAUUAUUAUUAUUAUCAUUAUUAUUAUUGUCAGUGUUAUCAUCAUUAUAAUUGUUAUUAUUAUAGUCAUGGUGCUCAUUACCUUCCAGGAGUCAUAAUGACUGGAAGGCCUUAGACCAGUGGUGAUAAGAGGCAUCUGCUAAAAUCAUGAGUGCCUGAUAGAUAGUGAUUAGUUCUUAUAAUGGCUUUAUUGAUGAUAAUGUGAAGCAUUUCUCUUUAUAUGCCACUUUUUUUAUAACAGAACAAAGAUUCUUCACUGUAAUAAGCAUUUGGUUUAUAUACUUAAUACUGUGAUAGUUCAAAAAUAGGUUAGGGUUUAGCAUUUCAGUCCUGAAUUGCAUUCCAUUCCAGAUUCCAAAUAAACAGUUUUUGAAGAAGGAAAUUUGCUUCAGAAAUGUAUUUUUCUUGGUGUGAAAAACAGUUAGGAAUAGACUACAUUUUUAUAUAAAUUUCUUAGAGUAACAGAACUUGUAGUUGGCAAAAUCAUGUGGAUUAUAUCACAUGCUGCCCAUACAUUAAAAUUAUUCUUCCUUUUAAAACAAUAUUGAUUGUUAAAUUUUAAGGAGUAAAAGCAAUUAAGUUUAAUGUCCAGUCUUUACCUUAAUCCAAAACUGUGAUGAAAAUAAAUAACAAAAGGACUAUAUUUUUCAUAGUAGUCUUUUCUAUCUAAGUUGACUUGUAAUGUCUUCAAAACUGAAUUAAUUUGUAAGAGAUGCUGAGACCAUACAUUGGGUCUUCUAAUAUCACAUCUGAAACCUGGGACGGUACAAAAGCAGAGAAUAUAGUUCAAAAAGAGGCAUUUCCAAUCUGAUAUUCUUCUUUUGCCAUAGAUAUUAAAUAAAAAAGUCUUAGAAAUAUUACUGCUAGUCACUUAGAGCAGUUUUAAGAAAUGAACACUGAUCAGUAUAACAACUGGGCAUCCACAUAUUAACACAAAACCCCCAAGUUGGUUUACUGGCAUAUUCAGUAAGAGUCAGUUUUGCAGCAUGUGGUUGCACACAUGGCCAAUUGGUAAAUAGUACUAUCAUCCAAAUAAGCAGAAGACUUCUCUUACUCAUUGACAUAGGUGGUACAAUACAUUCACCUAAACAGUGCCAUUUUUAUUUGAGGUGUUGGAGCUACUAUUGAGUAACACUUGGAUUGUGUCUGACAUCCUGUCUAUCCAAAGGAAGGAGUUGUGAGGGGGGGGAGGGUAACAUGUUAAUGCUAUAAAUAACAGGGACUUGCUGAUUCAUAUUCUUGACAGAUGUGGCUUCUCUGUGUAGACUAAUCAGGCAUAGGUUCAACUAUGUUGACUUUUGACUUAGCAUUUUAUGAAACAGAUUAUAAAGAACAUAAGAAAUAUGCUUAAGGAUUAAAAUGUUUCUAUAGACUUCUGUUGUUUCUUUAUAUGAAAUGAACUUCAAGAGGUUUAAUUUCUCUGUACAUCUCUUGUUUAUCUUUCACAUGUAAUGCUUGUUAUUAUUAUUUUGUUUUUCCUGUUGUUGAAUUGGAACAAUGAUGAAGUUUUUGUUGUGCUGAGUCAUUUUAGAAUCAUUUAUACCUUUAAGAGUGACUCACAAAAAAAUGUUUAUAUAAAACUCAUGUCCAUUUAUUGUAAUAAGUGUAACAUUUCCAUUAUAUUUCUGAUUCUAUUCUAAGUUUCAUGUAGAUUUUCUUUCAUUAAAACUGUAACCAAA